AUCGGGUAUUUAUGAAUGAUCCAUCUUCUGGGGAUUUAUACAUUUGAUAAAAUCGCGGUAUUUCGUCGCACGAUUGUUAUUUUACAAUUGAAUCGACGAUCGCAGGAAUUUCGUAGUUAUACCUUGAAUCGAUUAAAAUUGAUCGAAAUAAAAUAUAACAAUGCAUAAUUACAACGAACUCGCGUGAAAAGUAUCGUGCACCAAACGUACAUAAUACGAUGGCGAUAAAGCACGUUGACGCCUAGCCACAGCAGCAACAGCUCGUCUCUCGCUGGCUGCGUCAUCGUUUCGUGAUAUCACAUAUAUUAUUAUUAAUAUAAUCUACUCUCGUAUACGUAUGUAUGUGCCGCACUUGCUGCAUUUCCCAUAUUGCUGCGCGUUUAAAAAUAAAAUGUCCGAGUCGGGGGGAGAGAGGAUUUGUUUUGAUAUAAUCAUCGUCGUUAACCGAGGCGUGCAUCAUCGUCGAUAUAUCUCUCUCUGCUGCUGAUGUGCAGCACUGCAUAGCUGCGUUGCAAGGGGCCAUUCGCCAAAGUGCCAACGCGUUAGCUUUUUAUCGGUGCGGUGCUUUCGCGCGGACUUUCUGUUCCUUUGUUUCGACCGUGAGAGAGAGAAAAAAAAUAAAUAUAAAAACAUCGCGAUGAGCAACUACGACUCCUGUGAUGAAAAGUCGCUCGACGCCAAGGAUGCAUCGGGCAGCGGCCACCGGCUGAUCACCGACGAGCUACAAAAGACGACAGCGUCAUCGAACGAACCGCCGACCACGAGUAACAACGAUCCAUCCAACCGGAAUCGAGCCGACAGCGGUUGCUGCGAGGAUAGCAAAUCCGACGACGAAGACGACGACGACGAGGAGGUAUAUCAGGACAGCUUGAGCACCGCGACAACAGCGACGAGCGAAAUCAUCAUGCCCGAGCCGAAGGAGAGCGGCGAGUUCAUCGCCACGGACGAGGAGCUGGCGCUCGACCUCGACUUUGUCCCGGACGAAGUUCAGGAUUACGCGAGGCGCGAGCUCGGCGAGACCGACGAGGUCAAGUGCCAGACCAUACACGAGCUCAGAGAGAUGAUUUACGAGCGCGGCGAGUGCAUGCCCCACCGCAUGGACGACGACUUCUUGCUGCGUUUUCUCAGAGCGCGCAGUUUCAAUGUCAAUAGAGCGCAUCGAUUGGUCGUGCGCUACUACACAUUCAAGGAGGAGCACCCGGAGAUCCACGUGGACGUGAAUCCGAUCGAGAUGAGGCACAUCGGCGACGACGACAUCAUGUCGGUGCCGGCCUAUCGCACCCCGUGCGGCCGGCGCAUGAUGAUCUAUCGCAUGGGCAACUGGGACCCGCGCAAGUUCUCCGUCGACGAGAUAUUCAAGGCGACGAUGAUCAUACUGGAGCUGGGCCUGCUGGAGCCGCGCGCCCAGAUACUCGGCGGCAUCGUCGUCUUCGAUCUCGAGGGCAUCACCAUGACCCACGCCUGGACGAUAACGCCCCAGGUGGCCAGCAUGGUGAUAUCGCUGAUGGUCACGGCCUUCCCGCUCACCACCCACGCCAUACACAUACUCCACCAGUCCUGGAUCUUCGACACGAUGUUCGCCGUGUUCAAGCCGCUGAUCGACGCGCGCAUGAACGCCAAGAUAUUCUUCCACGGCGACGACAUGUCGAGCCUGCACAGACACAUACCGCCCGAGUACCUGCCCAAGAAGUACGGCGGCAGGCGCGACGAGCAGCCCUACUACAGGUGGAUCGAGGCGCUCAGCAAGAAUCCCCGAGUCGUCAAGGAGAUGAAGAGCCUGGGCUACGUAGUGCCCGACGACGUGGUCGAGGCCGUAGACAAAGCCGAGGAGAAGACGCCGGCUUAGAGAGAGAGAGAGAAAGAGAGAAAGUGAGGAAGGUUCAUUAUUUUGGCGCAGGAGCUUUUUUUCUAUGUACGCGUAGCAGCAGCAGUUGUGUGUGUGUAGAUAAGGAUAUAUUUUUUUCUUUGUUUUUUUUUUUUUUUUCAUUUUGUGAUAGGUGUCAGAUGUUGGGAAUAUCCGUGCUGAACCGUGAGGCAGAUCGCGUUAAUUAUCAAUUGAUUCGUAAAAGUUACGUAAUGCUCUUCUUUUUCAUGAUAUUUGUUACUUUUUAUAUCGACUCGAUACAAAAAAAAGCGAAUUGUAAUGCAUAUUCAAUACCCCGGCUUGUCGAAUUGAUUAGUGUAGCAUUUAUUUUUAUGAUUAUUACUUGUGUAACGAUAUUUUUCACUACGUAUUAAGAGCUAUAUCUGGGAACGUUAAUUCAUAGGAUUUUAAUAAUAGUAUGUCUUUACGAUGGACAUGUGAUGUGAUUUUAAAUUAUGCAAUCGAUCGAAAAAACUUGUUGUGAAACAAAAAAUAAUAAAUACAAAAAAAAGCUGUAGCUUGUUGUCUAUUCUAAAAUUCUUUAUAUUCUUGUAAUUCAAAAAUCUUCAUAUUUUUGACUUUCGAAUCCUAGUCGAAAAUACUAUAACGAAUGUAUAAUCAUCGAUGGACAAAAACAAAAAAAAAGUGAAUAAAACAACAAAAGUGUACAAAGACAGAGAGAUCUAUUAUAGUUUUUAUCAACGCAUAAAGUUCUCAUUGUAAAAGUAGUUUUCAAAUAAUAAAAAUAAACAUUAUGUAUCGUCGCAUUAAAUAAAAAAAAUAGAAUUAUAACGAUCAAA